UUUUAAUCUGUUUAUGUAUGACAGUUUAGAAGAUGCACAUUCUAGCUCAUAGACAUUGCAUGAUUUUAGCUUAACUGUGAAGAACUGUGGUCAGUUUUGGUUGCUCACAUUCAUAUUUAAACUAGCCAAGACUGGACGCUUAUGAUAAAAUGAAUGCAACUUCUUAAAAGGACAAAGGAAGAAAUAAGAGGAAACAAAAGCCUUCCGUUGAAUCUCCCGUUCAAGCGUCUGGUAUGCGUGUUGUAAGCCGGGAAGCAAUUUUCAAUGAAUGGGAAGACACUGUUAGCUUCAAAGACUGCGCUGAAUGUGCAUGGCGGCAUCCUGAAAACAACACGUGUGAUCUGCAGAGGAUAUAGCGGAGGAUGUGUAGUCUGUGCAUCUGCUUCUGUGUGUUUAGCGAGUACUGAAAGGAAUCUCCACUUCACAUCUUUUCACAGUGACUGGUCACAGUAAAGGGGGGAGUGGUUUAAACUCACAGUUAGUGUUUAGACCACUUUAGCAAGUGGUCGGGGGACUGAUGAAAGGCGAGCACAUGCAGUCCGGCACCACUGAGGUAAAGACACGCUACCUCAAAUUCCUGAUCGCUUUCUCUCCACCUACCAAAGAGGUUUUUAAAAGGAGCCUGCAGAAACUUCAGAGAGCUGUUUACACUUGGAUGCAGCUUGGGAAAGACCUCUAAUGAGAGAAGACUAAAAAAAGAAAAAAAAAAGAAAGAAAAACUAACCAAAAAUCAAUUUCUUCAAUCUUUUUAGCAAAGAGUAAUGAAGAUGUUUAAUGUGGAUUUGCUCAUUUUAAGUUUCUGCCUUGGUUUGGGAACACAGUAUGGUGCUGUUGGCAAGAGACAGUAUCAGAUCCAAAACGGCCCGUGUAGCUACACUUUUCUGCUGCCUGAGCAAGAGAACUGCCAAAGCACCUACAACUAUCCUGAUCAAAAGGAUGGACCAAUGGACGACGAGUCGGUUCAGAGACUGGAACAACUGGAGAUGGGCAUGGAGAACAACACACAGUGGCUGCUUAAGUUGGAGAACUACAUACAGGACAGCAUGAAGCAUGACAUGCUCCAGCUCCAACAGGCUGCCGUACACAACCACACGGCUACGAUGAUUGAAAUUGGGGCAAACCUGCUGAGUCAAACUGCUGAGCAAACAAGGAAACUCACUACUGUGGAAGCGCAGGUAAUCCAUCACACAACUCGACUUGAGCGCCAACUUCUUGAAAAUUCCCUGUCGACCAACAACUUGGAAAAACAACUCAUUGUCCAGUCAAAUGAAAUCAGCAAACUGAACGAUAAAAACGGUCUUCUAGAGAAAAAGGUGAUAGAGAUCGAGAGGCAGAGGCAAGUGGAGCAAAAAACACUUCGUGAAGAAAAGGAGCAGCUUCAGUCGCUAAUACUGAGGCAGACGGCCAUCAUCGGCGAACUGGAGCAGCAGCUGCUCAAAGUUUCCUCCAACAACUCUGUUUUACACCAUCAACAGCAGGAGAUAUUGGACACAGUGAACAGCCUGAUACAGAUAUUAUCUACCGGCUCUGUUCAAGAACCCAAAAUUGCCAUGAUGCAAGACACUCCAACCACAUACAUGGACUGUGCUGCUGUCUAUAAGUCAGGAAACAUCAAAAGUGGCGUCUACACUCUCACAAUCCCCAACACCACCACAGAGUUUAAGGCUUUCUGUGACAUGGAGACAGAAGGAGGCGGCUGGACGGUACUACAAAAACGCUUUGAGGGCCGUGUUGACUUUCACCGUACGUGGCAGGAGUACAAAAAGGGAUUUGGAGAACCGUCAGGUGAAUACUGGCUGGGAAAUGAAUUUGUCUCCAGACUGACAAUUCAACAAUCAUACAAAUUAAGAGUCCAGCUGAGCGACUGGGAAGGAAACUCUGCUUUCUCUCAAUACGAUCAGUUCUCUCUGGAUGGCGAAGCACAAAAUUACAGGAUACACCUUAAAGGCUACAGUGGAACUGCAGGCAAAAUAAGCAGCAUUGGGCAGCCAGGAAGUGAUUUUAGUACAAAGGAUGCAGACAAUGACAAAUGUGUUUGCAAGUGCUCACAACUGACAACAGGAGGCUGGUGGUUUGAUGCCUGCGGCCCAUCCAAUUUGAAUGGGAUGUAUUACCAGAACGGCCAGAACUCCAACCGCUUCAAUGGGAUCAAAUGGUACUACUGGAAAGGAUCAGGAUACUCACUGAAGUCGACUACCAUGAUGAUCAGACCGACGGACUUCUCAGCCUUGCUUUGAGCCCAUGUUCGUUAAAUGAAGCGUUUCAAAAAAUGCUGCCCAGAAAACACCAGUACCAAAAAUAAAGGUUCCAGUGGAAGCCAAAGUACUUCAUGGUACAAGAUAAAUAACUGGCUCAAAGUGUUUUUUUUAUAUAUAUAUAUAUUCCAGAUAUUUUUAUGAUUUAAAUGUUAGAACCACGAGAAUGUUUUUUUCUACAAAUUGUUUGUGUGUUCAGAAUGUAUGUACAUUUGAUGUUUAAUUUAUAUGUUCAUGUUAGGGAUAAUAUUUAUGUCUACUAUACAUAUAGAGGAAAUCUGAGUGUUAGAAUCUGAGUUUCUUAAUUAUGACUGUGCAAGCAAACUCAAAAAUUAUAUAUUUUAAUAUAUUCUGCCGGAACUCAUAAAAUACAAGCAGGAUGAUUAUGUUUUUGCAUUAGAAAUGUAUUUUAGAAAAAUUAUUUUUGUUUUGAUGGAGCUUAAAUUGUUAACACUGGCUUUACAGGUUUAUUAGAAAUGCCUUAGAAGCCAUUUUAUUACUUACCCUGAAUACCAUCAACUAGUCAGGACUCAAGUUUCCUUAAGCUGACCACAUCUCUUUACUGCUUCAACAGGAACAUUUUCUACAUUGCUUAGCAAAAUGUUUGCUUAGGUUUCUCAAAUGCAACAUAAACAAUAAAUCUAAACGGAUCAAAAUCAGUGUAAUGUUCCUUUGUAUAAACAAACAAUAACCAAGCAUCUGAAAAUGAUUAA